AAAAUUUGCAUCCCAACGCCCACCCACGCAACGCCAAGUUUCAUUUUUGCACCCCCCCUCUUUGCGGAAGUCUCCCUGGCCAACCGGUGGUCGGCAGUUUGCGUUCCAAUUCCGUUGCCCUCCAAUGCCUCCAAUGCCCUGAGGUGGGAAGGACUCGCCAGCAUCCGCGGAAGGGUGUGGGAUGAUGUUGUCCUCACUGAAACGCGAUCGAUGGUCAUGCUCGCUCUGUACCAAGGCCCCCUAGUGCUUGAGGAGAGUGCUGCUGAAAACGCCGCAUCCAUAGGUCAGCAGCCAGCCGGACAAGUACAGAGCGCGAACCAGCACGAUAACCCCCCAGCCACAGCUUUCCGGUCAGCGCCCACGCGCCUCAGCGCCAGGCCAACCUUGGGAAUGUUCCAUUUUGGCCGAGAGCCCGAGCCCGAGCCCUGGCGUUCCGGUGGUCCAGAAGCCAUGCCAGGCUAUCAUCGUCGGUGGGGCAAACUGGUCAGCAAAGAAACAUCACGAACGUCCCGAUUUCGAUUCGAGAAACAGCCCAGCAGCAAGCCGUAA